AUGGCAGAUAACUACUUGAUUAUCAUAUAUCGUGGACAAUCAAAUAGAUGUCCGACUCCUGCUCCUGAAAUGAAGAUUAAAGACUUCAUUAAUUUGCUCAAGGAAGAUUUCGACAGUAAUACGACUAAGUCCUUCAAUCUGUUUUAUAACAAGGAUCGAUUGUUGCCAUCACGAACAAUUCAUGAAUAUGGUCUCAAGUCAGGCACCGAGCUUCGAUUGGAAGAAAGCGUAUCUCAAGCUUCUAUAAGUAUUUGUAUUCAAACAUUAGCUGGUGAACAGUGUGAAUAUAAUAUGAACGACAAUGCUACUCUGGAGGAUUUAUAUUCUAAACUCCUUACUGAUGAGAAAUUCUCGUUUACCAAAACUUUUCCAAUUCUCUUCAAUCAUCGUAUGCACCUUUGGAAAUCGAAGGAAUUACUUACAAGUUACUUGAAACUACAUAAACGCAAUAAUGAGUCCCAAAACAAAGUUCCAGAUUUUUAUCUAUUUGAAUGUCAACGUCAAUUUGAAACAAACUAUCUUAACUACCAAAAAGCAGAAGAAGGUGAACUAUUUCUGGCUCAUGAUUUUUGGCAACCGUUCGGCUGUGUGGCACAAAAUAAAAUGGCCAUGUCAAUAUUCCUUAUUUCAUUGAGAGUUCUAAAGAUUGCAUUUUUAAGUCCAUCGGAGACAGAAAUCGAUGCAAUCAACUUUAAUCAUAUUUCUAAAUUUCUGCUUGUUCUUCGUCAAUUUCUGUUUCCACCAGCAUGUCUAGCAUUAUAUCAUUUGCUAGAAGGAGAAUGUUUUCUAUUCGAGAAACAACUCGUUAGUGAAGCAUUCUUUCGACUCUUUCGGAAAAUACUACCACAAUCUAUGGUGAAAGAUAGUGAUGUGUUUCUGUACACGCCUCAUAUUUUUUAUCAUUUAUUCGAAACUACACAGCAUUCUUCAACAAAAUUCGAUUGCUACCCAUCUGUUCAAAUUCUAUCAAAUGUCGAUGAUCAAUUUAGCAUCAAGGACUUAAUCCAUGAACAAAAAGAAGAGAGAAUCAAUGGGAAUUCUGUGUGCCAAUCUGAUUUAAUUGCUCUUCUUGCAUGGAUGAGACAACAAUCAGAUGAAGAUAUUAGUAAAAAAUUUUUUAAAAAUUAUCGCAUAUGGGUUCCCAUUGAACAGAACAAUAUGUUUUCUAUUGGUAAUGUUUUUGAACAGCGAUCAAAAAUUUUUAGGCUUUCAGAAGAGGAAAUUAAUAAUAUUCAUAAUCAUCUGAAACAAAACCGUAUUUAUCGCCAAUUCACAUUUGCAAACUUGUCGACUUUCGACAAGAGUAAACAUAAUCAGUUCGUCCUACUUAAAAGUAAUCAUGUUGUGUAUCUGAUUGAACAAGAGAAAAGUGGAGAUAAUUAUAAAUGCUUUGAUCCUUUCGGAGAUCAACCACGAAAUACUUUCAAAAAGGAAGAUAUUGCCAAUGAUGAUGAAUUGAACCAAUAUUCUUAUUUUCCUGUUCGAAAAAGUUUAGAAGACACACGACUUAUCAAACAGAUUACUGUCUUGCUGUUCGAUGUUAGUAGUUCAAUGAAGUCAAUGGUAGGAAAUCAACGAGACAACCAGCAAAGCUUACUUGAUCUUAGUACUAUUGCACUUGGUAUAUGGUGUGAUAAAAUUAUUGGCUACCAAUUUUCGCAAGCUAUUGGACUUAUAUAUUUUGGUGCUAAUGGCAUUCCAAUUAAUCAGAAGUGUCCAAUCUCGAAAGAUCUGAGCCAACUUGAGAAGGCAUCAAGCAAUCUACCAAGAUGUGGCGACACGACUCCUAUGUACGAUGCCAUCGAAAUGGCUAUUCAAUCAAUUAUUAGCUUUCGCAAGCAUAACGAAAAGCAAUUGAGUACUGAAUGUCGUUCUCUGAUUGUUUGUUUUUCAGAUGGUGAAGACAAUAGCAGUGUAAAAGCAUCAUUUGAAACAAUUAAAUCGAAAUUAAAAAAUGAAAAGAUUGUUUUCGAUACCAUUGCGUUUAUGAAACAUGAAUCGUCAAACCUAGUUCAACUCUGUGAGGCUACAAAAGGAUUCUACUAUAUAAAUGUACCUUAUGAUAAAAUGGAGAUGACAAAGUUAUUUGAACGCGAAGCAUCACUUAUGGUUUGCUUACGUGAUGAGAAGUCACAUGUAAAAGUUGAAAAACCAGAAGUUCGUCCAACAGAAAAGCUUUAUCAACCUGCCAUUAAUGUUAGGAACGCCAAAAUGAAUAUAAAUCAAGUGUUGACCAUGUCAAAUCGUAAGGUAUCAAAAGAACUUGAUGAUUUGAAAAAAUCAUCUUUAGAUAAUUUUACUGUGUUUUUAACGGAAGAAAAUCUACUCUUCUGGAAAGUUAUUAUGAAAGGACCUGAUGGUACACCAUAUGCCGGUUAUUAUUGGUUGCUGUCAGUAGAAUUUUCAUCUGACUUUCCUUUUCAGCCACCUAAUAUACGCUUCAUAACGCCUAUUUAUCAUUGUAAUAUCAAUGAUGAUGGUCGCAUCGGUCAUGGUANUGUCAUGAUAUUUUACAAAGCAAAUGGACUCCUCAGACGACAAUGCGGGUUGUAUUUCAAGAGAUACUCAAUUUAA